AUGCAUCAUUUUUGCAGCUCACGUUGCCUCGGUCCUCUAGCCUUCAACAAUCAGGCCGUGGGAGAAAAAAUCCAGCUGAGUGAGGGGUGUCGACUCGCUAAGAGGGCUGGAAACACGUUCAGGAAUGGCCUGGUGUUCAGCAGCCGUCCGGUGGGGAUCCGGGAGAGGAUUUGUCUGAGAGUGCUAGAGAAUGUGCAUAAAUGGGAAGGUGGCCUGCGUGUUGGCUUCACCAGCCUACCGCCCACCGACAGAAACCUGCCGCUGCCCAGCAUGGCCAUUCCUGACCUCAACAAACGCCCCGGCCACUGGGCCGCUCCUCUGCCUGAAUCCUACUGUCAAGCAGGUUCAGAACUGGAGUUCUGGGUCUCUGCUAGUGGCAGUUUACGUUGCUCAGAUAAGAACAACAGGAAGCACCAGCUGUUAACUGGAGUCAACCUCAGCAAACCACUUUGGUUCAUGAUAGAUAUCUAUGGGAAGGUCAGCUCCAUAUUCCUCUUGGGCUCACGGAAAAAGCGGGAACUUGGCACACAAAAAUCAUGCCCUGCACCUGGACCUGAAUCUCUCACCAUACCUGAUAAUGACUAUGACCACAGCUGGAAUCCUGAUGUUUCAAGUCUUAGUGGAGAUGGCAAAGACGGCAUUUCCUGCCUUAACAUCAACAUCCCACCAGGUAAAAUGUGUGUGACGUGCUUGGUGAGAGAGGCCACAGUCACACUGCCUUGUGCACACCAGUGCCUGUGUUGUCACUGCUUCCCCAAAGUCUUGCUGGAGUUCGGUACCUGCCCGCUGUGUCAAACGGAGAUCGAAGCUUCCUCAGCGCUGGAGCAGCGUAUCUCUGUCUGA